AUGAAUUAUUUACGUAGAUGGACGUUCAAAAAGAAGCAUGAGAGGAAGACAUUCCAACAGAAUCCAAACGAAUGUGGCUUGAAAGACUGGCAGAUUGUAACUUAUGAAAACGGCAAACAGAUGGCUGAUGUUAAGGUUACUCUGAAUGGCAUCGGACGCGUGACCUAUAUGGUAGGUGAUGACUUGAAACCUGUACAAAAGGAUCGUCAAGGUGCGAUGUGCACUGGUCAAUGUGCUCCGUUGGCAAGCCCGGUGCAGCACAGAAAGAUUUCACCCGCAACCACGCCGAAGCCUAAAUAA